CGUGUCGGCUCAUGACCUUUUCUCGCGAGAGCCAGUGCGAGACAAGUUCAAGAUGGCGGAGGCCGAAGUCGGUCGGAAGGUGGAGCGGUGCUUGGCAGAUGCGGUGGUGAAAUUAGGUGUUGGCCUUGGGUUAGGAAUUGUAUUUUCUGUCGUUGCUUUCAAACGACGUCAGUGGCCUAUUACUUUUGGUGCAGGGAUGGGCUUGGGAAUGGCAUAUGCUAACUGUCAACAUGAUUUCCAGUCCCCAUACCUUCUUCAUGGAAAAUUUGUCAAAGAUGAAUCGACAUAGUGUUAUUUUUUUCAGACCGUACCUGUUGCUGCGGAUCAUUUCUGCCUUUGUGUUUGCGAUCAAAAUUCUUAAUGCUGUACUUUGUUUAAUUUUACUUGUCAAACGUCUGCACUAGUUUUGUCAUUAAUAAAGAGUUAACAGUU